AACUGGCUCCCAAACACCAUAAAUACCCCUUUAUCCCCUCGCUAACUUUUCACUUUACUUUUGCCUAACUUUCCCACGCUUCAUUUGCUCAUCACUCCUUGUUAUGGCUUCAUCUUCUUCUACUGCUUCCUCCUCUCUCGGCCGUUGGAUUUCGGAACACAAGCUCACCACAGUGGGCUCUUUGUGGGCUACUGCAUUGGGCGCCUCCUAUGCUUAUUCGCGUUCAAGGACACCAUUGAAGAUGAGCCUACGGCUCAUACAUGCUAGGAUGCAUGCACAGGCUUUGACUCUAGCGGUGCUAUCAGGAGCUGCAAUCAUGCAUUAUUGUGACACUAAGAAUGAGAAGGAUGAAGGUGUUUUGGAAGCAAUAAGGAACUCCUAAGUGUAUUCUUGUAAUUAAUGUUAAUGUACUAUCUCUUAAGAGUGUGGCUGUUUCCUUUGAGGAUAAAUAUCAUAUCCAUAUGAAUUUCUUCUCGCGUUA